AUGACAUCGAUUGGUACUGGCUACGAUCUUUCAAAUAGUGUUUUUUCACCCGAUGGGAGAAACUUUCAGGUGCAAUAUGCGGUGAAAGCAGUAGAGAAUGGGACGACUUCUAUUGGUAUCAAGUUCAAGGAUGGUGUUGUGUUUGCAGUGGAGAAGCUUGUUACUUCUAAGCUUUUAGUGCCAAAGAAAAACGUCAAGAUUCAGGUUGUGGAUCGUCAUAUUGGAUGCGUUUACUCUGGUCUGAUGCCCGAUGGGAGACAAUUGGUGAAUAGAGGGCGUGAAGAAUCGUCCAGUUUCAAGAAGUUAUAUCAAAAGCCAAUUCCUAUACCCGCACUUGCGGAUCGUUUGGGUCAGUACGUUCAGGCACAUACUCUGUACAAUAGUGUGAGACCUUUUGGUGUGACAGCGAUCUUUGGUGGAAUAGACGAAGAAGGUCCUCAUCUGUAUAUGCUUGAACCAAGUGGUGCGCAUUGGGGAUACAAGGGAGCAGCAACAGGGAAAGGUAGACAGACUGCGAAGGCAGAAUUGGAGAAAUUGGUUGAUAAGCACCCGGAAGGACUAACGGGCAGAGAGGCCGUGAAACAAGCAGCAAAGAUUAUCCAUAUGGCACACGAAGAUAAUAAGGAGAAAGAUUUCGAGCUGGAAAUUAGUUGGUGUUCAUUAUCGGAAACCGGAGGAUUACAUAAAUUCGUGGAGGGAGAAUUGCUUGAAGAAGCAAUCGAGUUUGCAAAGAAGGAGGCCAAUGGUGAUGAGGAUAGUGACGACUCAGGCGAUGAUGAACCUGCAGGAGCGGUUGAUGCUGAAGGUGAUGUUCAAAUAGAAUAA